CGGUGGAGCUCCUUUUUCCCGCUCCGUCAUUUUUAGCUACACCUUCACCAACUCCCGGAGGGGACUUGAGAAGCGGAGAGUCUCCGAACAGGCCCUAAAACAAAGGAUUCGCAGAUUACUUUCCAGACCCGAACCAAUCAAGUACUUACAUACUUACCAAAGACGCCGAGCAAAUUGACGCAGAAACCAUGCCUCUCGAGCUUUUCCACUUGGUCACUCUGCUCCUUCUCCUCGUGGCUGCUGAUUGGGGUCUCGCGGCCACGGUCGGCAGCGACGAUGGUCGGCAGUUCGCCUACAAUGGCUUUGCCGGCACGAACCUCACUCUCGACGGUGUGGCCAAGGUCACGCCCAACGGCCUCCUCAUGCUGACCAACGGCACCAUCCAGCAGAAAGGGCACGCCUUCCACCCGUCUCCGGUCCGCUUCCGCGCCGCGCGCUCCUUCUCGACGACCUUCGUCUUCGCCAUCUUCGGGCAGUACAUCGACCUGAGCAGCCCGGGCAUGGCCUUCUUCAUCACCACGUCUAGGGAGGUGCUGUCCACGGCGCUCCCAGGCCAGUACAUGGGCCUCCUCAACGCUACGAACAACACCAACCGGGAAGCCCACAUCUUCGCCGUGGAGUUGGACACCCUCCACAACUCCGAGUGCCACGACUUAAACGGCAACCAUGUCGGCGUCGACCUGGAUAGCAUGGUGUCCCGAGAUUCCGCCGAUGCUGGUUACAACGACGAUGCCACGGGCCGGUUCCUCAACCUAAGCCUCAUCAGCCGGAAGGCAAUGCAGGUAUGGGUGGACUACUAUGCCUCUGCCACAGAGAUCACCGUGACCAUGGCUCCCCUUGGUGUAGCCAAGCCCAAGAAGCCCCUACUACGUACCACCGCGGACCUCUCGACCGUGGUGCAGGACAUGGCCUACGUCGGGUUCUCCUCGGCAACAGGAGUCCUUUUCACACGCCACUUCGUCGUUGGCUGGAGCUUCGCGCUGGACGGGCCAGCUCCGAUGUUGAAUAUCUCGUUGUUGCCUGCCUUGCCACCGAUUGGACCCAAGUCACGGUCCAAAGUGUUGCAGAUCGUGCUACCCAUAGCAUCGGCCACAACGGUUUUAGUAGUGGGCAUCAUUGUUUACAUUUUGGUUCGAAGGCGUCUCAGGUACGCGGAGGUCCACGAGGACUGGGAGAAAGCAUUUGGGCCGCACCGAUUCUCUUACAAGGACUUAUUUCAAGCGACCAAGGGGUUCAGCCAGAAGAACCUACUUGGGGCGGGAGGAUUUGGAAGCGUCUACAAGGGUGUGCUCCGCAAGUCUCAUAUGGAGGUCGCCGUGAAGAGGGUGUCACAUGAGUCAAGGCAAGGGAUGAAGGAGUUUAUCAUGGAGGUUGCAAGCAUGCGACGCCUGCGCCACCGCAAUCUGGUGCCGUUGCUCGGUUAUUGCCGACGGAAGGGAGAAUUUCUCUUGGUCUAUGAUUACAUGCCAAAUGGUAGCCUGGAUAAAUAUCUAUACGAUCGUAGCAAGGGUACACUGGAGUGGCCUCAAAGAUUCCACAUCAUCAGGGGAGUGGCUUCGGGAUUAUCAUACCUCCAUGAGGAUUGGGAGCAAAUUGUCAUCCACCGGGAUGUCAAAGCAAGUAACGUACUCUUGGAUGGCGAGAUGAAUGGGAGGUUAGGGGAUUUUGGCCUAGCUAGGCUUUAUGAUCAUGGGUCGGAUGCACAAACCACACAUGUAGUUGGUACUAUGGGUUACCUAGCUCCUGAACUAGGACACACCGGCAAGGCAACCCCAUCUACCGAUGUGUUUGCCUUCGGGGCAUUCCUUCUAGAGGUCGCAUGUGGGCGGAGGCCGGUUGAGCAAGAUGAGAGAAAUAACCAAGUAGUAGUGCUCAUGGAUUGGGUUGUCGACCAUUGGCAUAAGGGUUGCAUCACUAAGGCGGCAGACAUUAGGAUGCCAAAUAUGUUUAGUCUUGACCAGGUGUCUCUAGUGCUAAAACUCGGGCUUCUGUGCUCCCACCCACUACCAAAUUCAAGGCCAACCAUGCGACAAGUCUUGCAGUACCUCGAUGGCGAUGUGCUCCUCCCAGACUUGUCGGCAACAUAUCUAAGAUCAACCAAGCUGGAGUAGAUGUAUAACACAGAGUUUGUUAACCAAAACAUAAUGUCAUAUAUGUCGUCGUCGAGCAUGAGUGUCAUUUCUGAUCUUUCCGGAGGAAGGUGACAAGGUCUAUGUUGUGUCAAAAUAAUUGAGUUGGACUGGAUGGUACUUGUCUCUAAUGUGUAUAUCCUUGUAAGUUAUAACUAGAUAUAUGGAGGUUUCUUUGAUUUUUCUUAAGUUUUUAUUUAUUUAGAAAAU